ACGCACGACUCUUGGACAUUAAACAUUUCAAACUUACAGUGCAGUCUUUUUAUUCCUGAGACGUGCAGAUACAGCUAACGUGAGCUCUAUGCAACAAAGACAACUAGAAAACUCUAAUUUCAGACUGUCUUUACGUAGUGCAUCCAAUAACCAUGGAUAUAUUUUUAAAAAGCUGUCGCAAUGAGCUGACGGGGAACGCAGAGGGCAGCCCAGGGUUCCAUGUGGUCCUGGGGAAUGAGGCCUGUGACCUGGACUCCAUGGUGUCAGCUCUGGCCUACGCAUACUUCCUGUCCAAGACACUUGAUUCUGGGAAAGUUCCUCUUCCUGUUCUGAACAUUCCCCGGCAAGAGUUCCCGCUGCGCACGGACAAUGCCUUCCUGCUGAGAGAGAGUGGCCUCUCCCAGGAUGACCUGGUGUUCCGGGACGAGGUGGACCUGGGGAGUCUACACCGGGCCGGCCGGCUGGACCUCACACUGGUGGACCACAACGUGCUGCCCAGCUCUGACUGUGAUCUAGAAGAGGCGGUGUUGGAGGUGAUCGACCAUCACCUCCUGGAGAGGAAGCCCUCUCCCUCCUGUCCCGUUACCGUGGAGACGGUAGGCUCCUGCUCCACCCUGGUGGCAGAACGGAUCAUCCAGAAAGCCCCUGAAGUCCUCGACCAACAGGUGGCCCAGCUCUUAUAUGGCACCAUAGUGUUAGACUGUGUGAACAUGGCCCCAGAGGCAGGGAAAGUCACCCCUAAAGACAGCCAGUACGCUGGCCUCCUGGAGACGCACUUCCCCAACCUGCCACCAAGGGGCGUCCUCUUCCAGUCCUUGCAGAAUGCUAAAUUUGACGUGUCAGGUCUUACCACAGAACAGAUGCUUCUGAAAGACAUGAAGGUGGCAUCGGAAGGAGAUUUAAAACUGGCAGUCAGUGUGAUAUAUAUGACACUGGAGGCUUUUCUACAGAGACAAAGCUUACAGCAAGAGCUCUGUGAGUUCUGCCACAAGCACAGCUACAACCUGGUGGUGGCCAUGACGAUCUCCUUCAACGAUAACAAGGAGCCCUUCAGGCAGCUGGCCGUCUACAGCUCGAGCACCCUCUACAGGGGGGAGAUGAGCCAAGCCUUGGAGCAAGCCCGGAGACCCAGUCUGAGCCUGAGUCCAAUGAGCAGCCCUUACUCGGACAUCAGGGCUUACCUCCAGGGCAACACGUUGGCCUCCAGGAAGAAGGUGCUGCCCAUCAUCAAGGACUUCCUGAGGGACAGGGAGCGAAGAGAGGUGCAUUGUGGGACCCUAGAGGAGAGUUACGAGGUACCACAGCAACGAGCAUAUACUGAGGACGCUGGGAUAGAGGAGGACUCCUACUUCCCCCCCACCCCUAUGAACAGUCUGGUGGAGGGCUGUCCCCUUGACAACGGACUGCCCAAGAUCAGCGCUGAAGCUCUGACGGAGAAGUUCAGCAAGAUGGCCAGCGAAGAGGAGAACGCAGGGGACUCUAAUGUCACUCACACUCCUGGUGGUCAGCGGAGCACCCAAGCUCACUAACCUGUAUAACAGCUGGAUGGCCAGAGUUCUCGCAACAGGAUUCAGACCAGUCAGUACAGAUUGUUUGUGACUGUGCAGGGUGUUGAGCUCGGCACAACAUUGAUCCGCUGGGACGAGGACUGGGAGGCACACUGUUCCCAAUCCAGAGGAGUAAACAAUCCACUGGCAAUCAUAUUGGAGAUGAUGGAAAUGCAUUGAAAAUAUUAGUGACACCCGUGCUUUACGUUAGUGACACCCGUGCUUUACGUUAGUGACACCCGUGCUUUACGUUAGUGACACCCGUGCUUUACGUUAGUGAACCCUGUGCUUUACGUUAGUGACACCCGUUCUUUACGUUAGUGAACCCUGUGCUUUACAUUAGUGACACCCGUUCUUCACGUUAGUGAACCCUGUGCUUUACGUUAGUGACACCCGUUCUUUACGUUAGUGAACCCUGUGCUUUACAUUAGUGACACCCGUGCUUUAUAUGGGGGGAGGGGGUUCCUGAGUGGCGUAGCGGUCCAAGGCACUGCAUCUCAGUGCUAGAGGCGUCACUACAGAACCUGGUUUGAUUCCUGGCUGUAUCACAACUGGCCGUGAUUGGGAGUCCAUUGUCCCAGCGUCGUCCGGGUUAAGGUUUGGCCGGGGUAGGCCAUCAUUGUAAUAUGAAUUUGUUCUUAACUGACUUGCCUGGUUAAAUAAAGGUUAAAUAAAAAAAUAUUAGUGACACCGAUGCUUUCAUCCUUGAAUGGGAAUAAGACAUUUAAUUGGGAACUCUGUUCAUGGAAAAAUACUCCGUUGUUAUGUUUCCAGGAAAUGUAGAUUUGAGAAAAUAGAUCCACUCUCUCUUCUCCCCAAGAGUGUGUGUGCAGCCUAGACUAGUGUGUAUGUGAACAUUUUUGUGAUAGAUGCCUAAACCAAUAUGUGGUCUGCUUACUAAGGCAACAGGGAUCUUGAUCCAGGAUGGCAUUGAAUGUCUCUACUGUAACCAAGAAGCUUGAUCUUGACCUCUAGGCACUGUGCCCUAUACUAAUGUGUAUAGGAAGAUCUUUGUGAUGGAUUCCUAAACCAAUAUGUGGUCUGCUUACUAAGGCAACAGGGAUCUUGAUCCAGGAGGGCAUUGAAUGUCUCUACUGUAACCAAGAAGCUUGAUCUUGACCUUUAGGCACUGUGCCCUAUACUAAUGUGUAUAGGAAGAUCUUUGUGAUAGAUGCCUAAACCAAUAUGUGGCCCCACUUUAUUUGGAUAGUCCAGCUGUAGAUGGUCAAACUAUCUGUUGAUAAGCAACUGCUUACUAAGCUUAGGGUAAGGGUUAAUAGUUAGAGUUGGGGUUGGGGUUAGGGUUAAUAGUUAGAGUUGGUUAGGGUUAGGGUUAAUAGUUAGAGUUGGUUAGGGUUAGGGUUAAUAGUUAGAGUUGGUUAGGGUUAAUAGUUAGGGUUAGGGUUAAUAGUUAGAGUUGGGGUUAGGGUUAGGGUAAGGGUUAAUAGUUAGAGUUAGGGUUAGGGUUAAUAGUUAGUUUGGGUUAGGGUUAAUAGUUAGUUUGGGUUAGG